GUCCCGUGACCCUCUUUAUAAAUGAUUCAUCGUCACCCUUCUUACAUCUUCAACAGGCUGUUUAACUUCCUCUCUCGUUUCCUUAUACAUACACGCAUCCGCAGGCAUUAUGCUGGUGUCGAAUAUCCGAUCGGGAGCUCUGGGGUGGAGCCGACGAGUUCGCUUGGAGACCACAUUCAGAUGUCUUCUACCUGCCGGGUGCCGUUUCAAAUCCGACGAGUCGCUCAACCGCAUCUCAUCGAAAAUCACCCAGCCCAAGUCCCAGGGCGCCUCCCAAGCGAUGCUGUACGCCACCGGCCUCACAGAGGAGGACAUGUCGAAGCCGCAGGUCGGUAUCUCCUCUGUGUGGUUCGAGGGUAACCCCUGUAACAUGCACCUCAACGACCUGUCCGGGAUCGUGCGCGAUUCCGUCCACCGCGCGGGUCUGGUGCCUAUGCGAUUCAACUCGGUGGGUGUGUCCGAUGGGAUCAGCAUGGGCACCACGGGAAUGAGAUACAGCUUGCAGAGUCGGGAGCUGAUUGCCGAUGGCAUUGAGUCGGUGAUGAGUGCGCAGUGGUAUGAUGCGAAUGUGUCGCUGCCGGGUUGCGAUAAGAACAUGCCUGGCGUGUUGAUGGCGAUGGGACGCACGAAUCGGCCGAGUGUUAUGAUCUACGGUGGGAGUAUCAAGCCCGGGUGUAGUGCCAAGGGCCAGAAGCUGGACCUGGUCAGUGCGUUCCAGUCGUAUGGCCAGUAUAUCACCGGGCAGAUCGAUGAGAAGGAGCGGUUCGAUGUGAUUCGCAAUGCGUGUCCCGGUAGGGGGGCCUGUGGUGGCAUGUACACGGCUAAUACGCUGGCGACGGCCAUUGAGACUAUGGGUAUGGCUGUUCCAGGGAGCAGCAGUUGUCCGGCGGACGAUCCCAAGAAGCUGAUCGAAUGUGAGAACAUCGGCGAGGUGGUGAAGAAUCUGCUCAGGGACAGUAUCAGACCCAGUGAUAUUAUGACCCGUCAGGCGUUUGAGAAUGCAAUGAUUGUGGUGACCAUUCUGGGUGGCAGCACCAACGCUGUUCUGCAUCUAAUUGCUAUUGCGGACUCUGUCGGUGUCAAAUUAACUAUCGAUGACUUCCAAGCAGUAUCCGACAAGACACCCUUCCUGGCGGACUUGAAGCCAUCGGGGAAAUAUGUAAUGAACGACCUAUACAAUAUCGGUGGCACACCCGCCCUCCUUAGAUACCUUCUGAAGGAGGGCCUGAUCGACGGCUCAGGCAUCACCGUCACCGGCAAAACAAUGAAGGAGAAUGUGGCCUCAUGGCCUGAUUUCCCUGCCGGCCAGGACAUCAUCCACCCCCUCAGCAAACCCAUCAAACCAUCCGGUCACCUCCAGGUUCUCCGCGGAUCGCUCGCCCCGGGCGGCUCCGUGGGUAAGAUCACCGGCAAGGAAGGCCUGCGGUUCGAGGGCACAGCCAAGUGCUACGACUACGAAGACGCACUCAUCGAGUCUCUCGAGCGGGGAGAGAUCAAAAAGAACGAGAAAACCGUCGUUAUCAUCCGCUACGAAGGUCCCAAGGGCGGCCCCGGUAUGCCUGAGAUGCUGAAGCCCAGCGCCGCCAUCAUGGGCGCCGGUCUUGGCCAGGACGUCGCGCUUCUCACGGACGGGCGAUUCUCUGGUGGGAGUCAUGGUUUCUUGAUCGGACAUAUCGUGCCGGAAGCCAUGGAGGGCGGCCCGAUUGCACUGGCGCGAGAUGGUGAUAAGAUCGUGAUUGAUGCUGAGAAGGGAGUGGUUGAUUUGGAGAUUCCGACCGAAGAGCUGGAGAAGAGGAGGAAGGAGUGGAAGGCCCCUCCUUUCAGAUACCAGAAGGGAACUUUGAAGAAGUAUGCCACUCUGGUUAGUGAUGCUAGUCAUGGCUGUGUUACGGACGGACCGAUAUAGAUGUCCCGCUGGCUAGAACUCUUGAUGGUAUUCAAAAUAGAUAAUUUGCCGUACUCCGUA